GGACCCAUCAGAAGUUAACAACUAUCGCCCAGUAUCACUGCUCUCUUUUAUUUCCAAAAUUCUUGAAAGAACGGUUUAUAAUCAAAUGUCUCUUUAUCUCUCACAGAACAACCUUAAUGACCCAAACCAAUCUGGAUUCAAAGUGGCACAUUCCACAGAGACUGCCCUUCUGUCAGUCACUGAGAAGCUCCAUGCUGCUAGAUCUGCUAAACUUUCAUCUGUCCUCAUCCUCCUGGACCUGUCAGCUGCAUUUGACACCGUGAACCACAAGAUUCUAUUAUCUAUUCUUACAAGCCUUGGAAUUUGUGGAACAGCGUGGCAAUGGUUUGCUUCUUACCUUAAAGAUAGGUCAUAUGAGGUAACAUGGAGGGGAUCUACAUCUGCCCCACGUAGACUCUCUACUGGUGUCCCGCAGGGCUCAGUACUUGGUCCUCUUCUGUUCUCCCUCUAUACCCGGUCUCUUGGUAAGGUCAUAUCAUCGCAUGGAUUCUCAUACCACUGUUAUGCAGACGACACCCAACUUGUCCUCUCCUUUCCUCCCUCUGACACUCAGGUUUCCACCCGGAUCUCAGCAUGUCUGGCAGACAUCUCAUUUUGGAUGGCUGCUCAUCAGCUGAAGCUCAAUCUCAGUAAAACCGAACUGUUGUUUAUCCCUUGUGACUCAUCUCCAGGUCAAGACCUUGUGAUAUCCAUGGACAACAACCAAAUCACUCCCUCAACCACCGCCCGCAAUCUUGGGGCUACUCAGGUGCUUGUUCAGUCCCUUGUUAUUUCAAGACUGGACUACUGCAACUCACUCCUGGCAGGCCUGCCUUUGUCCACGAUUCGUCCUCUGCAACUGAUCCAGAAUGCAGCAGCACGACUCGUUUUUAACCUUCCCAAGUUCUCCCACACCACCCCACUCCUCCGCUCCCUGCACUGGCUUCCUGUAGCUGCCCGCAUCAAAUUCAAAACACUGAUGCUUGCCUACAAAGCCAAAAAUGGCCCAGCACCCACUUACCUCUCUGCGCUAAUUACACCACGCACUGCACCACGUUCCCUCCGAUCCUCCAGCACUGCUCGCCUCAUCCCACCAUCUCUCAGGGAUCGAGGGCGGCAUUCAUCCAGGCUCUUUUCUGUUCUGGCACCUAGAUGGUGGAAUGAACUUCCUCUAGAUGUCCGUACAUCAGAGACUUUGACUAUCUUUAAACGACGACUCAAGACGCAUCUGUUUCUACAGUACUUGGACUAACCCCCCU